CCCCUCCGUGUAAAUCCCGACGAGUUAAAGUUGUUCUUCCCUCAACUGCAGUUUUUCAUUCCCCCAAUUUUUCCCUCCUCUUUUUUCAAACUUUCCCAAACCCUAAUUUCAUUCCCCCUCUUCUUCCAUUCCCUCUAAUUUUUCGUUUUCGUUGUAUAAAACAUCGGUUUAUCGCUGUAAUUUUACUCUUGUUUCAUGUGUUUUCACUUGCGGAUUGCAAUGGAUUCCGAUUCUGAAGAGCCGUUUCCUCCGCCGGGUUCCGCCGAAACCCUAGGUUACGAAAACCCGCAUCAACAACCGGCGUCCCCGAAUUCCGACUACUUUUCGCCGCGGAGCGAUGAUGGAUCACAGGAGUUAUACGAUUCGCCUCUGAUGGUGGAAGAAGAAAUAGAGAGCAGAGGCUCUAAUGAUAAAAGUGGGGACGAGUUCUUCAAUUCGUCGCCCCGAAGUGCUGUUUCUUUCGAACCCAAGUUUGAUCAAGUUCGUAUGGAGCCUUUGGAAUCUGAAAGUCCAACGCCUUUGAGCUUUAAGAGUGGGCAAUCUGCGUUUACCGAUGGGGGAUUUGUGGCCAGCCAUGCAUUGCAGCAGCGGUUGCGAAAUAGGAAACUUUCAUUAGCGGGAGGUGGAAUGGCGAAUUUAGGCAAUAGUUGCUUUCUGAAUUCAGUGCUGCAAUGCCUCUUACACACUGCCCCGCUUCUCAAUAGCAUUCUGUUCAGCAAACAUGUAAUACAAUCUCAAUGUGUUCAUGGGUUUUGCUUGGUGUGUUCUCUUCAGCAUCUGAUUGAGCUCUCCUUGACUGCUUCGGAAAAUGUUAUAUUUCCUAGUGGCAUAGUCAACAACCUGUGCUAUAUUUCAUCAAUUUUCAAGCCAUUCCAGCAGGAAGAUGCUAAUGAAUUUUUUCAGUGCUUUCUGGAUAAACUUGAGACAUGUGAUUCAGAGGAGGAAGAAUGCAAAUCUUCAAAACGUGGCAACAUAGUGAAACAAAUUUUUGGUGGUCGCCUUGUCAGCAAGCUGAAGUGUUGUAGCUGUGGUCACUCUUCUAAUACUUAUGAGCCUUUAGUUGACAUGAGCAUGGAGAUUGAGGAUGCAGAUAACCUGAUAACUGCUCUGCAGUCUUUCACAAAAGUUGAAAAGCUUGAUCCAGAGAUCAAGAUUACUUGUGAAAAUUGCAAAGAGAAAGUGUCAGUUGAGAAGCAGCUUUCCUUGGAUCAACCUCCUAACAUUGCAGUUUUUCAUUUAAAAAGAUUCCAAAGCAAUGGUUAUAAAAUCGACAAGCAUGUUCCCUUCCCACUAUAUCUGGACUUGCUGCCUUUUGUUGAUCGUGGCUCAAAUAGAUUUGAGGAUCUUAAUUAUCUACUCUAUGCUGUGUUGGUGCAUAUAGAAUUAACUCCUACAUGCGGGCACUACUGUUGCUUCAUUCGCAUUUUUCCUAAAGUGUGGUUCAAAUUUGAUGAUUCACAGGUCUAUCAAGUGGAUGAAGAUUAUGUGCUGUCACAGGAGGCAUACAUACUCUUUUAUGCCAGGGAGGGAACUCCCUGGUACUCCAGUUACAUCGACGCCCUAACUUCAGUUUUAAAUAUACCACUGAAUACAUCUCCGAAAUCAGUACUUGAGAGUGCCCCGGCAAUGUCUCCAGAUUUGCAAGAAAAACCCACUCCCAACUCUAACUCUAAUGAAGCGAGCAAUGAUAUUUCAAAAGAACACAGAGUUGGAAAAAUUGAGAUUAAGUACACCAGGUUGUCUUGCAAUAACCCUGAGAGCAGUAAAUGCGAAGAUGAGCCUGCUUCAGCAGUGCCAAGUGCUCAUUAUUCUUCAGAUGCUUCUCCAUCUCCAUCUGAGGUUCAGAAAGAAGUUCCUCCAGUUAAUCAGAGUGAGGAUGCUCCAUCCCAAGUAAAAAGUGAAGAUAUCUUGCAAGAACUCAUGCAACCUCCCAGUCCAGAGAUCUAUAGGGAUGACCCAUCUGAUGUGGGCUUCUCCAUGCCUCGUGAGCACGCAAGAUUAUCUGAUCGCAUCUCUUGCAAAAGGCGACUGGAUAAAGAAAUGGAUGACAUGGAAACAAGGCAAGCCUGCGCAUUGAUAAAGAAAACCAGCAAGGGUUCAAGAGCUCAACAACUGCUGUCUGCAGUUAAAGGUGCCCAAAGUGAUCCAGCUGUGAGCCGAAAGAAGGGCAGGAGAUCUGAGUUGUCUAACGGCCCACAUGCCAGUGAUGGUUCGAGUGUCAGAAAUGCACGCCAUAUGGUCGCAGGGACUUACAGGUAAGGUUGAUCUAGCGGUUUUCUGGGCACUAUGAGUUGAUCUAGCGGUUUUUUUGGGCACUAUGAGUUGAUCUAGUUGUUUUUUUUGUGACUAUGGAUUGGUAAAUUUUUACUGCCUGUUUAGCGACGGACAGGUUGGUAGGUAUAGGUUAGACUCUGGAAUUGUGAUAGUAUUAGUAUUUGUUUCUUCUUUUUGUUUUUAUGAUGUAUAGGUGUGUGAAAUGUGGAUGAUAAGUGCCCAUGCCCAUGGAAAGUUCUUUGUUGAAUAAGAACAAUGAGUGGUUCAUAACCUUAAUCUCUCAGUAGGUUAUUUUGCUAUUAUAUUAUGAUGGCUGUGUUCUUUGGGUUAGUUCAUUCUCAUUCAUAUUCUUGUUGUAUUGCAAA